CACAAGUACCGUCCACUUCUCUUCUACGUACAUUUCACCACAACCAAGCCUAACCCAACCCACUCACAGAGGCAAACUCAGAUUCAUCUUCUUCAAUCCAACCCCAAUUAAUUAUUCUCUUCCACCGGAGAUCAAUCCAGGACGGAGAUGACCACCACAGACAAACAGCCUUCAUUACCGCUCCCACCUGCUUCAACAACAGCCCCUGCAGAAUGGCGCGUGAUGAUCGCGGAUGAGGGCUCAUCCGUGAAAAUGGACCACGGGUUCGGGUUUGGGUUAGCCCGACAUGCCUGGCUAGCCAUAAGUGCCAAGUUUUCAGCCAUUGCUGCCAUGCUGUGGAGAAUGGGAGUUGAAGACCCGAGGAAAGUUGUUCAUGGGCUGAAGGUCGGACUCGCACUCGCCCUUGUCUCUCUCUUCUACUACCUGAGACCUCUCUACAACGGCGUCGGCGGAGCGGCGAUGUGGGCCGUAAUGACAGUUGUCGUCAUAUUUGAGUACACAGUUGGUGGAAGUCUGUAUAAAGGUCUGAACCGGGCGGCGGCGACGCUCACCGGCGGCGGAAUUGCCGUCGGAGUCCACUGGAUUGCUAGCAAGGCCGGCCAGGCGGGGGAGCUCGUUAUUCUUAACGGCGCGGUUUUCAUCCUUGCCUCAGCAGUUACCUUCUCUCGAUUCAUUCCGGUGAUCAAAAGACGAUUUGACUAUGGAGCAACGAUCUUCAUCCUGACGUUCAGUCUGGUCGCUGUGUCGGGUUACCGAGUCGACCAACUCGUCAGUUUGGCUCAGCAGCGACUCAGCACAAUUGCUAUAGGCAUCUCUAUUUGUCUCAUGGUCUGUAUGCUGAUAUGUCCGGUCUGGGCCGGGUCCGAUCUGAACGUACUCAUUAUUCGUAAUAUGGACAAACUUGCAGAUUCAUUAGAAGGUUGCGUAGAGGAGUAUUUCAGCGGGAAGGAAGCUCCCAAAGCACGUGGCUUUAAAUGUGUUCUUAACUCCAAAUUAUCGGAGGAUUCUUUGGCAAAUCUGGCAGCAUGGGAGCCAGCUCAUGGCCCAUUUGGCUUCCGGCAUCCAUGGAGCCAAUACCUGAAAGUAGGUGCAGCGAUGAGGUCCUGUGCUUACUGCAUCGAAGCCCUCCAUUGCUCUUCUCACUCUGAGAUCCAGGCUUCUGAGUUAAUGAAGAGACAUCUCAGUGAAGUUUGUAUGAAGCUGAGCUCAAAAUCAGCACAAGUUUUGAAAGAACUAUCAGUCUGUAUCGAAAACAUGCGCAGCUCGGAAAGCUUAAGCCAUAUGGUUAAGGAGAUGAAGGAAGCAGUGGAAGAGGUGAAGACCGCCAUGAAAUCUCUCCCGACCACAUAUAAUAAUGAGUUAGGGUUGCAGAAAGAUGAUGACAGUAUGAUGAUGAAGAAGAGACAGUCUUUCAUGGAAUCUCUGCCAUUGAUGACUGUCGUUUCUCUUCUGAUGGAGAUUUCGGUUAAGGUUGAAGGGGUGGAGGAGGAAGUCCAGAAGCUGUCCGGCCUUGCUGAAUUUAAGCCUUCGGGCGAUAAAUUUUAAUUAGGUGAGAUAAUUCCAAGAUAUGUGGAGGAUGGUAUAUAUGAGUAUGUGUGUUUAUAAGUAUAUAGUUGUGUCGAUAGUCAUCAUAAAAGUUGAUAUAUAUAACACCCUAGAUCAUCAACAUGUACAUUAAUGUGCAUGCAUUGUAGGAACAAUAGUUUAUGUUUGGGACCUACUUUGGGACCUAUCCCAAACUAUUUUUGCAUCCUUUUUUGGGAGAAAAUAUUACGUGUGUCGUCCGGAUGUUCAG